AUGAUUGCGCUCUAUGCCGCCGCGCUGCUCGGCGCGCUGUCGACGGGCGCCGUUGCCUCGUCGCAGGCGCUGAGCGACGAGACCCUCCCGUCGUACCAUUACCGCGCGCCCAUCCACGUCGAGUGCAUGAACCGCAGCUCCGAAACCGGCGAACACAUCGAAGACGCCAACCACCAGCUGCAAUGGGUCCCGUUCCCCCUCUGCAACGAGACGGGCAAGCCGCUCGAGUUCCACUACGGCACCGAGGGCGAGGUCAACUGCACGAUCCCCUUCGUCUCCGACCCCUUCUUCCACCUCCUCGAGUUCUACAUCCACAGCGACGCGCCGUUAUCGUGUCGCCUGCCUGCUCGACCUCAUGGGCACGUCGAGGUGGUCGGCGAGGACCCGCCCAAGCAGGAGUACAUACCGCUCGUCUUCGCGCUCGCCGGCACGCUGCAGCUGAGCCACAUGCACAUCAGCACGCACAUGAACGUGCUGCUGCACAGCACGCCCAAGCACCACCUGCGCCCGCACGACAGCGGCGUGCUCGACUCGGGAGUCGCCUACAGCACCAGCCCGCUGAGCCACAUGGAGGGCACGCAGAGCCGGCGCCUCAUCAUCGGCGACCCCCUGCCGCUGCAGUUUUCCGUGCGCUGGUUCCCCACGCCCGCGCUGCCCAAGACGGAGGGCAAGGUCGAGUGGCAGGGCGUGGGCGGCCACGUCUACGCGAGCACCGUCUUCUACAGCAUGGUGUCGUUUGGCGCGGGCGUGUGUCUGGCCGGCAUGUACACCAUGGGCGUGGUGCUGCCGCGGAGGCUGAGGAACAGGGCGCUCGGAGGAGCGACGCCGUUGGGCUACGGCUUGGGCAACGGCGUGGGCAACGGCUGGGGCUACGCAUCCAAGAGGAUAGACUGA